AUGAGGCUUUGUAAGGCCUGUGGAGGCGAUGGAGCCAUCUGCAAAAUCAAAACUCCCCACCGCAUCCGCCGCCGCGCCGGUGUCAGAGCUGCCGUCAGAGCUGGCGACAGAGCGCCGGCGUCAGAGCUGCUGGUGGGAAGGGAGGCAACGGGUGGUGGCCAGGAGCGAUGGUGCGGGGGUGGUUGGGCAGGUGGCGGGGAGCGACGAAGGUCUAACGAGGGGCAGCAACGGCUCCAAUCGUGGCUUCUAGCAGCCGUGGGGCGCAGCAACGGCUCCUGUCGUGGCUUCUUCCCCGUGGCUCACGCUGCUACGAGCAGCCGACAUCUACGUGGGUGGUCGUCGGAUUGCAAGAUCGCUAUCGUUCGGUUACCUUGA